ACUUGGGUGAUCAUGUAAAGGGCUUCUGAUUUAACAUGCACGUUUUGUAAAUAACCAUGUCGUGUUGUUUAUUUAAGGUUGUUAUCUAAGUUCCUGUUUUAUGAUGCAUUUCUUUGGCUUAGCAAUAAGCAGAAAGUACACAACAGCAUUGUGUAAAUUAUGCAGAGCUGAGAGACGAGCGGUGAUCAAGUGACAUGUAACGUUACUGUACAAUACCAAAAACCAAUGCAACUCUCUUCCUGUGUUGUGUUUUGCUCGUAAGAAAGAAGAAAUGGGAUUUUGAUAGAACAAAAAUACUCCUGUUGUUAUGUGAGAUAGCAUGUACCCAAAGAAUCAGGUGAUAAAAACACAUAACGUACAACCAGAAAUGCAAGACUAAAAGAAUCUAAAUGGGCGAGGCUUCGUAGUCUUGAAGCUGUUUGUCCUUUGUGAGGUGCGAAGUGACCUAAGUAUUAAUUGUUCUAUUUUAACUAUCCAUUACUUCUUUUCGAUUCAAAAUCUAUUAAAGUAUAUCAAUGUCAUUUCUUUCGCUCUUUAAUUUUCUAGACAGACAGACAGGAUAUCACGUUGUUUGGUUCGUGUUACUUUUCUCAGCGCUGGUCAGGAUAAACGAAUCACAGUCGUUUGUGAUUGCUGUGUAAUCAUGUUGCAGCUUUGCAUUUGCGUGUGAGGGAAACAGAUUUUAAUGAUUGCACUUUAAGUACAGUAAAUACAAAUAUGAUUGGAGGAUUUGUUUUUCAGGACCUCGUACAACUAGUGUUGUCGAUAUGGAGAGUCAGAAACAGGUGCUGGAGAGGGUGCGGGGUGCUUUCCGCUCAGGUGUGACCCUUCCUGUCAAAUUCCGUUUGACUCAGCUGGAGGCCAUGAUGUCACUGUUUGAAGACAAUGAAACCCUGAUUUUAGAGGCAAUGCAUAAAGACCUUGCUAAGCCCAAGUUUGAGGCGGUGCUGUCAGAGAUUGAUAUGGUGGUGAAUGACCUUUGUUACACCAUCAGCAACCUGCAAUCCUGGAUCCAGCCCACUUAUGUGGGCACAAACUUGGCAACAAAGUUGGAUGACUGUUUUGUACGCAGGGAGCCAUUAGGUGUUGUUUUGAUUAUUGGAGCAUGGAACUAUCCUCUUCAGCUAAUUUUGUCACCUUUGAUUGGUGCAAUUGCUGCAGGUAACUGUGCUAUUCUGAAGCCAUCAGAAAUAAGUCGAGCGACCGAAAAGCUUCUUUCUGAACUCAUUCCUAAGUACCUGUCCCAGGAGUGUUAUGCAGUCAUUUGUGGUGGAGCAGAAGAGACCAAGACAUUGCUGGAGAAUAGAUUUGAUCAUAUCUUCUACACAGGCUCGCAGUCAGUGGCUCGUUGCAUCCUGCAGGCCGCAGCGGUGCACCUCACCCCAGUUACUCUGGAGCUGGGCGGAAAGUGCCCUUGCUUGAUAUAUGGCCGGCUGGACAUGAAAGCUGCUGCUAAGAGGCUGGUGUGGGCUAAGUUUUUCAACGCAGGACAGAGUUGUGUGGCUCCAGACUAUGUUUUAUGCACUGCUGAGACGAGAGACAUGCUUUUACCUUUUGUGAAAGAGGCUUUGGAUAGUUUCUACGGAUCUGAGCCCCAGCAAAGCCCAGACAUGGGCCGUAUCGUGACAGACAGGCACUGGGACCGACUGGUUGAGCUGCUAAAAAAGUCUGAGGGAAAGAUAGUGAUAGGAGGAGAGAGUGACAAAAAGACCAGGUACAUUGCCCCCACUGUGCUCGUGGAUGUCAAGGAGUCAGAUGCUUUAAUGCAGGAGGAGAUUUUUGGCCCCAUCCUGCCCAUUCUAAUCAUCAAGUCUCUCGAUGAAGGAAUCAAUUUCAUCAACGAGAGGGAAAAGCCUCUGGCACUCUACGCCUUCUCUGAUGAGUCUCAGGUUGUAACUACAGUUCUUGAGAGGACCAGCAGCGGAGGCUUCUGUUCCAAUGAUGGAAUAGUUCACAUGAGCCUUUCUGGAUUACCCUUUGGAGGAGUUGGCGCAAGUGGGAUGGGCAACUACCACGGUCGUUGGGGCUUUGAGACGUUCAGUCACAAGCGUGGCUGCAUGCUGAGGGGCUGGGGGCUGGAGCGCGUCAAUGUGCUGCGCUAUCCCCCGUAUACUGAAAGCAAUCUCAGCUGGCUGCGAUGGGCCACCACCUCCAAGAAGAAAGGGUGGGCAGGAUGUUCUGUUAUGUGAGCGCCGUGUCUGACGCUUAAAUUGAGGAUGGAAACUUUUUCGAUUUGUUCAAUAUGGCUUUGCAUUCACAAAGGUUUUACAAAGAGUGGUUAGAAACACAAACGUAAUUUUUGGAUUUUCAAUUGUGAUGUCGUCAAAACACCACCAGAGGUCAGCAUUGAGAAGUUUUUUCUUCUAGGUGCUUCUACUGUAUGGUAUGAUACUGUAUUAUCCUGUAUUGCAAGCAAAAUAAUGAGUUUAUUUUAACUAACAUUAUUUGAAUACACUACUCAACAUUUUAUGUACUUUUUCGCAUUUGAUGAUCAAAAAAUCGAAUUUUUCAUCAAAUGGAUCAUCCAUAUUUGUAAUCAAACACUAGAGUGAAAAAGCAUUAUUUUACUCAAGGUAAUUUAGCACCUUUACUGUUACAUGAUUUGUUAUUGUUUUCUAUUUAGUGAAAAUACCAAGAAGCAUUUGCAGUUUAUGAGUUGUCCACUUUUGAGUUGUAACAUUUUCAUCUUUAAAGUUGAGUACAAAAAUAAAGUCUAACAUUUUCAUUUUUGCUCUCAGAAAACAUUUAU